UAGUGUUUGACUCUUGUGUGUGGCGGAUGAGGCGGGCUACUUAGCGCCAUGUUGAGUGUGUGAAGUGACAGUUAGGAAAGUAUGGACGGGACGGCGGAGGAGCAGCGGACGAGGAAGGUGCAGGCCGGGAGGGAUAAGCUUGCUCGCUUCAGACAGCACAAAGCAAAAGGGCAAAGCACAAAGACGCAGAAAAAGACGCAGAAGAGGAAGGGUGAGGUUGUACGCAAGAAUGACAUUCCGUCGGAGGAGGGCACGCUAAUCCCAGCUGAAUGUACUGAUAAUGAUCCAGUGUUGGGUGCUGAACAAGUCUCUACAGAGAUAAGUUUGGAUCACAGCUCGCUGGAUGUUUCAGAGUGCUUGGACAAAAUGUCUGAUUUGGAGUACAGACUACAGGAGAAAUGGGAGGACGGUGACAUUGGUGUUGAGGAUAUUUCACAACUGCAGACAACUGUUGCAGAUGAUUCUUCAGAGCUACAUGAACAGGACCUUCAGUCUGCUGUCCAUGAACGAGAUGCGAUCAUAACACGGCUGUCAAGUAAUUUGCAGAAGGCUUUACUGGAUCAAAAGGAAAUGGAAGACGAGGCCUCAUGUCUCUCCAGUCAGAUACAGGCAAUCCAGCUUCAGCUGCAGGAUGCAAGUAUGGUUCUGAAAAACGAAAGUUUAGGAAAGAAGGCGCUGCAUCAGGCUCAACAACAAUUUGCUUUUAUCCAUAGCGAACUCAUGGACCAAACUGUCAAAAAAGCACAAGACCUAGAAAGAAAGUUGGAAACAUCUCAGAAGUCUACUAAAGAAAAGGAUAACCAGGUGGCAAAACUUGAAAAUUUGCUGCAUGAACAACAGACAAAACUUGAAAUCCUUCAAGAGAAACUAGACUUGUCAGAAAGUUCUGUUACCCAUCUGCAGCAGGAACUUUCUGAAAGAAAUCAGGUCAUAGAUCUAAAAUCUAGAAUAUCCAUGCCUAUUCAGCCAGAUUUCACACCUUCCUGUUCAGGUGAUGAUCAAAGAGAUGGCAAAAUGCAAAGAUCCUUUAUCAGUGGACAAGACAGCGUUGAAUCUCUCUCCUUGCUUGUCAUAGAUGUAAAACAAAGGCUGGCAGAAUCGGAGUGUGUUCGAGAAUCUUUAGUCAAGAAGAUUGAAAAACAAAUGAAAGACUUUGAAACUGAAAGAAUAUCUUGGGAACAGAGGUACAAUGAUGAGGUGUCAAGCCUCAAGGAAAAGUUGCAACAAGCGGAGCAGACUGCAACUCAUGACAAGGCCGACAAGGAUCGUUUUAACAAAGAAAUUAAUGACCUGAAGGAGAGCUUGAGGCUUGAAGCAGAAGGCAGUAAAGCAUUAAAAUUACAGCAUGAGAGAGACUUGCAAAUAUACAUGCUGAAACUUGAAAGCAUGAAGGAGACUAAAGAAAUGCUGUGUGAGAAACUGCUUGGUAACAAAAAGGAAGGUUCUGACAUGGAUGAAGAAAAAAGAUGCUUGUUGAAUGAUUUAAAGGAUGAACAUUUCAGGCAUGAACUCGAAGACAUCAAGAAGAAUUUAAGCCGGGUGAAAGCCAGAAAAGAGUACGAAAACACAUCUCAGCUUCACAAGGAAGAGUAUGAUGAAACAUUUCAUUAUAAUGAAGGCCUGACUCUAAUGGAUAAGUACUUGAUCCCUAGCCAGCUUGAAGUGUCCUAUGGCCAUGAAGAUGUUGGGGACCACAGCAGAUUUGAACUGGAUAGUGACUUUAUGCUAGAGCAAAGUAUCGGCUCCACAAUGGAAGGAAACCUUCCACUCCUCUGUUCUCCCAUGCCGAUCACUGGUGUCUUAUCAGGUGCUGCAUCUCUAGGGACAAUUUUGGAUCCAGAGUCUUUUGCCAUUUAUUUAUCACAAAAUGUGGGCUCUUCAGAUAAGAAAUGUGAAUAUAGCUCUGAUUUUGCUGAAAAUGCUUUUCAGAAAUGCAGCGUUCUUAUGGUACAACUUAAGGACAAAGAGAAACAAUUACAAAUCUGCUCUGAGUCUCUGGAAGAAGCUAUAACUAAAUGGAGAGAUCUGACAGCUGAACUUGCUGCUACGCAAUUGGAGCUAGACAGAGAGAAGACAAUUAAUAGAAACUUGGAGGAACAGCAAAGACUAAUUGAGGAUCUUAAGAAAGAGAGGGAUGAAUUUAAACUGUCAACUCUGGGCCAACAUUUGAAGGAGACGGAUAACCAACAGCUGGCUAAAGAUGAACAGUUAUCACAACUUGCAGACAAAAAUGUUUUUUUGGAAAAUAGGCUGUCUUUGGUGGAAAGAGAGCUAGAAAAAGCUAUAGCGUUAAACAAAAGCCUACAGAUAAGCAAUGUUAAUCUUGCCGAGAAUUUGCAUGACUCUGAGAAGGUCCGAGAAUCCGAACAUCAGGACUUUGAUAACAAACUGAACUCUAAGGGCCUAGAACAACAGUUGCUGCAAGAGGCAAUUAAAGCAAAAGAGGAAGAAUUUUUCAGGAAAGAGGAGAGCUUGCGUGAAGAAGUACAUUUAUUAAAGCAAGUGAAUGAAGGUCUACAAAGCAGAUUACAGGAACAGCUUGUGCAUAAUGUGGACCUGGAAGCUUUACGACUUAGUCUGAACAACAUGCAUACUGCCCAGCUAGAAUUAAGUCAAACAAACCUGCUCAAAGAAAAAGAGUGUGCCUUGGUACAACUUCGAGAGACAUUGAAUGAAAAACGAGCUCAGGGCGUAGCCUUUCUUCAGAGCCAUCACCAGUUCGAAUUGCAGCGUUUACAGGAUGAACAUAAUCAAGAGUUGAAGAAUCUUAAAGAUAAACUUUCACAGGAAGAACAUUCAUUAGCGAUUGAACAGCUGAGGGAUGAAAAUGCAAAAGAAGCUUUGGUUCUGCAGCAAAAGAAUAGUCUUGAGAUGGAGAGGUUACAAGACCUUCAUGGAAAGGAGAAAGAGGAGUGGAAGCGACAACAUGAUCAUCUUCUGCAAGAUAUGAAACAGCUUCAAGACAAACUUGCCCAGAAAACAGCACAUCUUGAGGUGCAUUCAAAAGACAUUGACUUGCUAAAGGAACAGCAUGCAAAGGAAGUUUUAGAACUGCAAGAAUUGAACAUAAAAGACAAAAAAGACCUUCAAGAUCACUAUGUUCAGCAGGAAAAUGAGUGGGAAGCACAGCAAGAAAAGCAUUUCAAUGAAAUAAAGCUACUAAGAGAAGACCAAAAGGAGUUGCAGUCAAAAAUUAUAGAUCAAAUUAAGCUUGAAUUUUCUGAGGAAAUAAAACGGCUACAGGAACUACAUAAUACAGAAAAAGAUACCCUGGAAAAGCUCCAUGCAGAGGAAAUACUAGAAUGGGAAAGCCAGAAAAGUUACUACUGUGAAGAGCUGGAACGGCGGCAAGGUGAACGUGAGGAACCCUUCAAAAAUCUAAAUUUGGAGCAUAUUGAUUUGUUGAAAGAACAGCAUGCUGUGGAAGUAAUGCAACUAGAACAGCAUAACCAGGAAACUGAGAAGAUAAAGGAAGAUUAUGCCAAGGAGAAAUGGAAAAAACAGAUUGACCAGCAUUCUCAGGAACUAAAGCAGUUAAAAGAGGAGUUUUCACAAAAAACUUUGCAACAAAAUGCGUUGCAUAAAGAAGAGAUUGAGCAAUUGGAACAAAAACACUCAGCUGAAAUACUGCAGGUACAAGACCUUCAUAAACGGGAAAAAGAGCAACUUCUUAAUACUCCUCUUCAAGAAAAACAACUUUGGGAUGAACGACAAGAGGAAUUUUCAAAAGAAAUUCUACAGCUUAAGGAGAAAUAUAAAGAAAUGGAGGCACUUCACAAUCUCCUUGUUCAUGAGAAAGAAGACUGGAAUAAGGAUAGAGCACAUCAGUCAGAGGUGAUAAAGCAGCUACAGGAUGAGAUUUCCUUAAAAAUUUCACAGCUGCAAAAACAACAUUCAGAGGCAAUUGAGCAUCUACAAGAGCAAUAUGAGAAUGCAAUGAAAGAAGCAAAAGACCGACAUCACAGGGAAAAGGAAGAGUGGGAGAAAGAAAGAGACCAAUGCUCUCAAGAGUUGGAUCUUCUGGUGAAUCAGCAUUCAUUAGAACUGAAACGUAUUGGAGAAGAACUUUUGCAAGUCUCCUUGCAGAAAGCAGAACAGCACUCAAAGAUGUUAGAGCAACUUCAAGAAGAAUUCUCAAAGACUGUUUUAGAUAUUCAAAACCAGCAUAGCCGAGAAAUGCAGAAAGUUGUAGAGCUUCAUGCAAAAGAAAGGGCACAGUGGGAAAGUAUGCAUAUACAAAGUUUCCAGAAAACACAAGAUAUGCCUUUAAAAUGUGAAACUACAGUGGAUCCUGAAUUGGUUCCGGAACUGGAUUUACAAGAUUUAAGAAAGCUUAAAGAACAACAUGACAUGGAGGUGAAGGAACUACUGAACUAUUACAAAAUAGAAAAAAUGGAAUGGGAGAAUAAGCUGGUGAACCUUUCAAAACAAAUGAACCAUUUAGUGACUUGUAGUUUUCAGGAGAUUAAAAAGUACCUAGAUGAGCACUCUGAAGAGAAUGAGGGACAUUCAGCAAAGAUACUAGAACUACAGGAACAUUAUCGAAAUGAGAUGGAGACCAUACAAGAGCGUUAUGCAUUGAAGAAUGUAGAUUUGAAGGACAAAUGCCAAGGUGAAACGGCUUCAGCAGAGCUUCACCAACCACAGAUUUCAACUUUCCUGAACCAGGAUGAGAGUUUGGGACAACAAAUGCACAGUCAGGUGGCUUCAAUGCAUACCAUUCAGUCAAGUCAAGAGAUACAACUAUUGUUGUGUCAGAUUGACAGCUCUCGAGCAAGUCGACAAGAACUAAAUGAGUUGAAAGACCACCUUAUUGCUCGGUCUAUGCAUCUUGAAGAGAUUGAGAGAAUGAAGCAGGGCUUCCACAAAGAGCAACAACGGCUUAAUGCAGCACAUGAGAAGGAUGUGGAGGACCUGAGAAUUUACUUUGAACAAAAGUCCAGAGCAGCAGAGGAGACCUAUAGAGAGAAUUUGGAGUUGCUUCAUCAGCGUCUGAGAGAAAUGAGCUUUGAAGGGAGAGAAGAAAUGAGUACACUGAACAGCUCUGUUUUGACUUUGGAUGAGUCCUUUGACAAUGAAAAGACUGAUCUCCUUCUUCAUUUGACAGACCAGCUGGUGCAACACAAGGAAGAGUUGUCUUCUGUUCGGCAGCAAUCUCUGGAUAAGCACACGCAAGAGAUAGAAAAUCUCCAUGCUGCUCUGUCUCGGCAGUAUCAGGAGGAUUUACUGAACAUGAAGAUGGAGCUUUCUGACAAGUACACUUAUGAAUUUGAAAAUUUAAAAAGAAUGCAUAGUUCGGAGAUGGAACAGUUGAAAGCCAGAUUGUCAGAAGAACACAUCAAGGAGCUAACAAGGUUGAAUCUUGAGAGCAGUGGACAAGAUGGAUGUCCUAAAAGAACACAGCCCUUGGAGAAACUGGAAGAACCACAAGAUCCAAAAGUAAAGAUUGAGGAGCUGUCGAAUAGUGCUCGGGAUGUGGGCUUAAAACAAUUGGGAAAGUCAUCUGAAGACGAAUCCAGAGCAAGCUUUGGGGAUGUAGUGGAAAAGAAGCAUGUUGGAUGUGUACAGAAUUUGCAAGAACAAAAAGCCCCAGGGCCAGAAAGCAUCAAAGAUCAUAUGGCGAGUCCGUUGGAAGAACUUGUCAAAAGACUGUAUGCAGAAAAGACGCAAAUUUUUAAAGCAAUGAAAGAAGCACAGAAUAGGACAAAGCAGUUUCAUGGGGAAAAAACAACCCUACAGGAAAGUCUCUUGAGAGAGCAACAAACGAGCUUAGUCUCUAAGGACAAGCCCAGCGAGCUAAUCUCCAUCCUCUCGACACAGAAGGAAGGUCUGAACUCACGGAUAUUCGAGGAGAAUCACAGAUGGGAACCUGGCACCUGUGUAUCUGAAUUACGGGAAAAUAGAUCCAAGCUGCCUCAGAAUUUGGAUGGGGAACUUUAUUUUCAGUCAUUCGAUUUAGAGUGCUGUCAGGAGCCGGACUUGUUAUCUUGUCUAUCGGAGUUGCUGCAGAGACACCAAGAAGAACAUAAGUCUUGUGACUUGGAGCACGAAGCUCAUAUCCAAAGCCUAGAGGCCUCCCAUCUGAUUAAGCUCGACACAUUGGAGUCUUCCUAUCUUACUGAGAUUCAGAAGAUCCGAGAUGAGCAUACACUUUCUCUGGAAGAGUUGGAGAUGUGUUUUUCAGAUCAGAUACAAGAAAAAGAGAAGGAAAUUGAGGAAAGAUUGGAGAAGGCCAGGAAGUUGUGGCUACAGCAGCAAGACCAGGAACUGCAGCAUCUUCGGCAAGAACUUGCUUCUGUACAUCUAGAGAAGUUUCAAGCAAUGGCAAAGGAGUUGGAAGUUGCUCAUCAGGAUGCCCUUAAAGAGAAAUUCGAUCAACAGCGUUUACAGCUUGAUUAUUCUAAAAGUCAGGCUUUGGAUGCUCUGAAAGAAGAAGUUUUUAGAAUGGAAGACCACAACAACCUUGCUCUUCAAGAGCUGAGCAACCUGCACAAGAUGGAGGUUCAGCAGCAAACUCAGACAUUGCGAGAUGAGCUUAUGAAGCUGACAGAUGAGCGGCAGAAGCAGGAGCUUGUUGUUACAGAACUCAACAACCAACUCCAGGUUCUGUCUACAGAGCUACAAAACAAAUCCAAUCGGCUUUUGCAAUUGCAAGAAGAGAUUGAGUUGUUGAAAUGUCAGUCUGAAAUGUUACUGGAACAACAGAUCACUCAACUAAAGGAAGAGUUUAUGACCGAGAGAAAAUCUGCUAUGCAAGGGAUUGAAGAACAAUUUACUAGAGACUCUGAAAAGGUGCAUGAUGAGUUUAAUAAGGAGAAGGGUGUCUUGAUGGGAAAGCUGGAAGAGAAUAAUGGGCUAGUACUUCAGUUGCAGGAAAAGGUCUCUUUCUUAACGAAUGAGAUGGAUGGGUUGCAAUCUCAGAUGGAAACAAUUGUGGAGACCAGAGAAAGGGAGAACCAAGAAGGAAAGAAUUUGGAAACCAUACUUCAGACUGAAGUAAAGAUGGCCCGACAGGAGUGGGAAAAACUGCAGGAUUCUUGUCAGCGUCUUUUGAAGAUUUUCACUGAUGUGUUAAAGAACACACUGGUCACAGAAGAUUUAAUAUUCAAAAAAAUUGGUCUCUGCUUGGAUAGUACCUUAUCUCAAAUGGGUGGAGAUAGAAAUGGGGAUGCACUGACCAAGUCUACAGUGAAUGAGAAAAAUCGCUUGAGUCCAGACUGUGACACUAUGACUGAGCAGAGCCUGAUGUCCACAGAUGAGGGAUACGAAGUGUCAGAAUAUCUGUGCGAUAGUGUGCUGGGCAGCCUAGAAGUCGGUCUAGAGAAUGAAGAGAAGAUUAUACAGAUGAGCCAGCGCUUGCGCUCUGCUGUUGAGAGACUUCUAGAUAUGGUUUCUAAUUCUGCCGUUGAGAUAGAGCAGACUCAUGAAAUACAGAAAUCUUUUGAGGAGGAGUUUAAAAGUCGAAAUCAAGAGAUUGCUCAAGUAGUGGUUAAGAAUCAAGACUUGGUGAAACUGCUGGCACAGGAGACUGAGGCAAAGAACCAUCUGCAGGUUGAACUGCACAAAGCUCAGGGACUUGUUGAAGGUUAUGCAGCAGAGAAGGCUGCCCUGGAAGAAACAUUGUCAUUAAAAGAGACUUCUGAGCACCAGCUUGUUCUAGAACUGGAGAAGUCCCAGGAGAAGCUGAAAGUCCUGACACAGGAGCCGUCUGCUCUUAGGGAAGAGAAAGAGUUGUUGCUGAGGCUCCAGGAAGUCCUAUCCAGUAGUGAGAAAGAUGUUAAAAUUGAGCUUCUGAAAGAAACGCAACGCUUAGUAAAGGAGAAACUUGAGUUACACUGCCAAGCAGACAAGGACCGAUCAAACUUACUUUCCCAUAUGAGGGUCCUAGAAAUGGAGUUAGAAGACCAAAUGGCUCGUAACCAGGAGCUGUUGAAGAAAUCAAGUGAAAUGACCGACUUUGAGCAGCAGAUUCAGGCUCUAGAGAAGCAGCUAAAACAUCAGAGACAAUUUAUGGACGAACAAGCUGUUGAGCGUGAACAUGAGAGAGAUGACUUCCAACAAGAGAUUCGGAAUCUGGAGGCACAGCUAAAACAAUCAUUGAAAAACCAUGGAGAUUCCAGGACAUACAGGCUCCAUGACUGGAGUGAACAGAAUGAAACUUUAGACACUAAUGCGAAAGAGAAAGCAGACUUAAACCUGCUGAUUGAGGAAAAAGGUCACCUCGAGCAACAAAUAGCGGAAAGAAAUGACGAAAUCGAUAAGAUGAUGCUGAGAAUACAGGAGCUGGAACAAGCUGCUUUGAGCAAUGCAGAUGCAGCCAAAAAAUGCAGCCAGUUGGAAGCAGAGCUGCAGAAUAUUCACAGAGCUCAAAAUGAAUUAUUGCAGGACAAAGAAGCUCUACAACAGCAGCAGUACAAUAAUGUGCUUCAGAUCUCUGCCCUGCAGUCAAAGCUAGAUGAGACCCGGCACAGAUUGCCUGUGGAAGGCGACCCCGAUGGCCUCCUAAAGAAGGAAUUACAAGCUGAACGGGAAGCUCUCUAUAUGAAAGAGAAAGAGGCUGAAAGUCUGGCUGAGCAGCUAGAGCUGUUCAAAGAAGAGCUAACAAACAAGACAGAAGAGGUCCUUCAGCUGAACAUGCAGCUUGAGAUCCAGCGCAAACAGAGUGAGCAGGCUGUUCAGCAGGCUCAAGAAGAGUACCUGCUGCUAAAGGAGGAUGUGUCCUCUCUCCAUCUUGAUAGAACACAUGACAAACCUAGCCCUUCACUGGAACUUCUCCAGGCUCUGUUACAAGAAAAGAACCAAGAGAUUGACCAUUUGAAUGAGCAACUUCUUGGGCUGCAAGAGGAGACAUCUGAAGUUGAGGAAUUGAGGUCUUUAGUUGAGCAUCUUCGGAGUGACCAAGAGAGACUUCAAAAGACCAAAGAGGAGGAAAUCGAACAGCUUCAUGAAGUCAUUGAAAAGUUACAGCAGGAGCUUGAGCAGCUGGGACCUAUUAGGCAUGAAGUCAGUGAUAGUCAAGAAAGCCUAGAUCAACUAGGUCUAGGAGGAGCAGAUAAUCUGCAGGCUGAGCUUAGAAAAGGAGUAAAACUAGAAAGGGCACAUGUAGCGAAAGAGAGUAUGGAGGAAACUGAGUAUUUGUGCAUGGCUGAGCUGGAAGCCUUGCAACGGCAACUGGAAGAAAAGGAAGUCGUGCAUGUUGCAGAAAUUGAGGUUCUGGUCACUAAUUUACAAGAUCUACAACAGUCCUCCAGGCAGAAUGAACAAGCCCUGGACUUUGUUAGGAUGGAGCAUAGAAACUUGCAGGAAGAGAGUGAACUACUCAGGACUCAUGUGUCACAGAGGGAAGAAGCUGUAUCUCUUCUCACUGUCCAGUUGCAAAAACUUCAAGACGCUGUAAGGGAGAAAGAUACCAUCCUCAUGGAAAAGGAAAUCGAAGUUCAGACUUUGCAGGAGCACAGUAUGGGUGAUAUGUCUGAGUUGCGUAAUCAGCUGGCACAAAGUCUUCAGUCUUUGGAAGCUACCAAAAUAGACCUGCAAAAUGUACAAGAACAGAAUGCCUCUCUGCAAACUACCUUGUCUCAAAGCUCCAAGGAGCAAAGUGAGAGGGAGAAAAAGCACAAAGAAGAAUUGGAAGAGCUCAAGCAGUGUCUUAAAGAGUGGAAGGACAAGUCUCAGAAGCUUGUAGAAGAGGUGCAGACACAGACCGAUGACAUUCAGAAUAUGACCUCACUGGAAGUCCAAUCACAAUUGGCUGUUUUGAAUGGGCAGGUGAAAGCUGCGGAGCGCCUAGCAAGUGAGGAAGAGGCUAAAUUACGAAGUACUGAGAAUGAGUUCACUGCUUUGAGCAAUGUGGUAGAUGAAUUGCGUACAGAAUGUGAGAGUUGGAAAGCUGAAACCCAACGUGUCCAGCAGCAGCUAAAGAAGAAGGAAGCUUGUGUGUCAGAAUUACAUUCUCAUUCCCAGAACCUAGGAGCUCAGGUAAAAAAACUUCAGGAAGCCUUAGCAAGCCAAGAAGCCAUGAUUAAUGUUAUAUCCAUGGACUUGAAAAAACACGAAGACACAGUUGAUAAACCUAAUGGCUCAGCACGAUCUGGCAUGAAGCAAAGAAGCUUCUCUGAAAGUUUCACAGACUCAAGUGCUUGGGACUCCCCUGACAUGAUUAGAAAACAGGAGGACCAAGUGCAGAGCCUAAGAGGACUGGCUUCCGUCUCUGAGUUGAGCAUUAAUCAUAGUGCUGAGCUGGAUGCUAUGAAAUCAAAGUCAUUUGGUUGUGUUAAGCAACUGGAACAAUAUAAUCUUCUAGGAUCCAGCACCCCUUCUUUAUCUGACAGUGUUUACUCCCUGCAACAUUCCAUUGAUACACAGAAGACCAGCCCUGUGAGAGAAACCGGACACUCUUUGACAGACUACGACUCCUGUGAUGAUCGGCAAAGCUCUACGGAUGAUCGUGUCGAGACUGAGCAAUCUGAUGAAUUUGAUUACAAACUUGAAGCUGGGAAGUUCCAGUUAGAAGAAGUGGAGAAUUUGUUUGGCAUAAAGCAGAAAAUGGAUUCGAUGAGUGGAAGUGGACUAUCUGCACAGCUUCAGAAAAUGUUGAGUAUGGUUCAUGAGGAGAGCUGCAAGAUUCUGGAACUGUCUGAACUGCCUGUUGCAAAGGUUCCCAGUCCAGAGAGUACUGAGCUUCAGAUUCAGAGAGAUGCCUGGGUGAAAGAACGAGAGAAUCUCCAAGAUACCAUUCAGUCUCUAAGCUCUGCCUUGGCACAGGCUGCAGGAGAAGGAAACAAGGAAAGUUCUACGUCAGACUGGAGACGGGACUUAUUACAAAGUGUUCAGGCUCUUUUGGAAAGUGAGAGGGCAUAUCUACGUUUGGAACUUCACUCACAGCUCCAUCAUGGCACCGAAGAUAACAGUUCACUGUUAGAGAAAGUAGAACACCUAAUUAAGGAGCAGGAGGAACAGAAGCGCCUGGUCUUGGAACAUGUCCUAGCCAUGGACCGCAACAGCCUGUUAUCUGAAAUUCAGGAUCUUCGUUCACAGUUAAGAUUGGCACAUCUUCAGAACCAAGAGAAACUACAACAACUGCAAGAUGCCCUCAUCACUGCUGAAGAAAAAGGGCACACUAAAGAGCACCAGCUGCGCAAGCAAGUGGAACUGUAUGAAUACAAAUUACAGCAAGAGGCUGCCAUUGCUGAAGAUUUAAAAGGCUCCUUAUUGCGGGAACAAGAGAGGUCCACAGAGCAGCACAAGAGGCUACUCCAGGAACAGUCUACUGUAUCUCAACUCCAUUCUGAAGUAGAGGAGCUGCAGCUGGAACUUGAAAAGCUGAAAAGGCAACAGAAAGAAAUGCAAAUUGAAGCAACUAAACUCAGGAAUGAGCUGGAGAGUAAAGAGGAGGCCAUGUCUGUCCUCAUGCAAACGGUGCAGACUCAACGAGAGGUGGAAAGCCAAAGGUUUGAAGAAGAAAAUAUCAUUCAACAAAAACUUGCGCACAGGGAGAAGUCUCUGCAGGAGUCAUUUUUGUCACUGGAAGAGCAAAAAAAGCUUAACGCCAAGAUUUCUGCAGCUUUGUUUCAAGAACAGACUUGCUCUAGUAAUCUCAGGAAAGAACUUGAAAUAGAGCAGUCUCGCUGUAAGGCUCUUCUUGCUCAGGAGCACAAGAAACUAUCAGAGAUGCAGACUGAACUGCAAAAGGAAAAGCAGUAUUCAUUCAGUUUGUCAAGUGCCUUGACCCUUGAGCGAAAUGUUGUGGAGCAAUUUAGACAACAGCAAAGCCAAGAGCUUUGCAGACAGGAGGAAGAGAGGCAUCAAGAACGCAAAAUAGUGGUAACAUUACAAAAUCAAUUGGAAGAGGAAAGACGCUCUUCCAGAGACCUUGCUGCAAUGAUGGAAAAGACACAGAAACAAGCUGUUGAUGCAAAGCGUCAGCUAGAAUAUGAAGUUCAAGCCUGUCGGGAAGAAAUGCUAAAAGAGCGGGAGGCAGCAGUUAAACUGCGUGCACUUUUAGAGGCCUUGCAAAGUCAAAAACAACAACUGGACAGUGUGAUGGAGCAGCAGAAAGAGCGAGAAUUUUGUCUGCAGAAAGAGCGAGAUCGGUACCAAGCUCAGUUACUGACCUUUCAGGAGGAGGAAAGAGUUUGGGCAAAAGAACGUGAAAAAGAAAUGACUAGAUCAAAGCAGACAGAAGUUACUCGAGCACGAGAAGGAGAGCAGGAAAGGCAGAUAAUGGACUUGCAGUUACAACAUGAGCGAGAUAAGCGUCGUAUCCAGGAGUUGCAGCACAUGCUGGCAGAUUUGGAAGAACAAGAGCGUGUGUUGGCAUCAAGAAAGAGCCAAACCUGGACUGACACAGCCAGCCCCAAUAAAAGUAUGGGCUCACUGACUAGUCAGAUGCAGACAGUCUGGCAGCAGCUAUUUUACACCGUACUACAAGUUAAAAAAUGGGUGCAGAAUAAAAAUGACAGUGCUCAACAACGCUUCCCAAAUGAGGCAGAAGUGACAGCUUUGCUGGACUCUUUGGCAGACCUGAAAUUACAGUUGCAAAGAGGAAAUCUUCAGACGUCUGUUCCAUCUCCAUCCGUUGUGGUUGAUGCUCUCAGACGUGAGAAUGAGGAGCUUGCAACUACGGUGUCUCAUCUGACUAAAGAGAAAUUGGAGCUCAGAAGUCAGCUUACUAAACUCAGCCGAAGCUCGCAAGACCCUUCUUAUAAAGAGAAUAAGGAACAGCUGCAUUUAGAUUCUGUAGAGUCUGUGCUGGAGGCUGAACGAGCAGUCUGGAACCGUGAGAAACGACUCUUGCAGACUGCUUUAAAACAUGCAGAGUCUGAGCUGGGCAAGGCAACGCUUGAGAACAGACCUGUGUCUGAGGUUUCAAAUCCUAAGGUGCAGCGUCUGUACAGAAAAUACCUCAGAGCAGAGAGCUUCCGGAAAGCCCUAGUAUACCAGAAGAAAUACCUCUUGCUCCUUUUGGGAGGAUUCCAGGCUUGUGAAAAAGCAACAUUGUCCUUAAUUGCACGCAUGGGUGUGUACCCAACACCUUCGGACCUUCAGUAUCCUGCCAAAUGCAAGCCAGGCCUCACCAAAUUUCGAUCAGCUGUUCGGGCUGUAAUUGCCAUCUCUAGGUUAAAGUUCCUGGUAAGGAAAUGGAGUAAAAAUAGUCGGAAAGGUGUAGCUGUGGAGCCAGUGGUUCAACAAGUGCAAAUGAACAGAACAGAAGUUUUACAACACCUGAGUGGGACUAUAUUAAACUCCCCUCCAACUCGUGAUGUAACAUAUGGUCACCACCAUAGUUUUUCUCUUAAUGCUACUCCAUCUCCAAAGCCAUUGCCUUGGAUGUCAAGACGGGUUGGACGUUCGCCUGCCCCAACGCCAGAAAGAUCGCAAUACACCUCUCAAGAUCCUGAACAUUCAAUUACAGAUUACAUCCAUCACCUAGAGUUGGUUCAACGCAGACUAGGUGGUCUUCAAAAUGGUGCCUCACCCGACCUGCAUCAUGUUAAAUAUGCACGGAAAUAACCACGUUGGAAGCGGUUCAGUGUGCUUUUUUGUAUAUAUUUUUUAUUUUAUUUUCUACUAUACAAUAAAUCUAUUUAUAUACAGCAUUUUAACACUUGUAUAAAGUUUGUAUUUUUAAUACAUUGUAUACAUUUUUGUAACAGAAGGCACCUGCACACAAGGAUUAAAACAAUUUGGCACAAUA